AUGGCUACUCCUCAGUUCUGGUCGACGCCUCUGCGCUACCUGCGCUGGGCUUCCCACGAAAAGCCCGCCAUUUUCUACUCCAUCAUCAUUGGCUCUAUGGGCCCGGUCUCCCUGGUCGCUCUGCCUCCGAUCAGACGGGCUCUCGGCGACGUCGACCCGGAACCCAUCCCUCUCACAUAUCCCAUCCCCUCGGGUCCCCGGGUAAUUCCGCAAGGCUACGAUGACGAGUAA